AUGAAAUAUGGAUAUUCCAUGGAAAUCUCAGGAGACAAUAAGGCCCGUAUAGUGAAACCAUCAAACCUUACAAGAAUCCGUCUUACACCUUUAAAUUCAAAAUUCAUAUUUCAUGGUACCAGAAACGAUAUAUUAAAAUGGAUGUCUUCACACUCGGAAUUACUGGUAGAAUAUGAUCCAUUGGAUCAGGGCAAUAAUGGGCCAGCUUUUUCACCACCACCUUCACCGCUUCUUUCUGCUUACCCAGAAAUUCCAGAAAUUAUUCCUUCAUCUCCCACAUCAAGAUCCAUAUCUAUUCCUUCAAUCAUUACAACCUUUGCUUCAAACGAAUCACAUAACAUUACAUUCGAUUUAUUCACCACUCCAAUCAAGACGUCAGCAUUAUUAUCAGAUGAUUUAGCAUUUUCUAGACCAUUGAAUAUUGCAUUAAAUUAUAUUCCUUGGUUAGAAGUUAUGUUGGAGAUUCGACCCACAGAUGAAUUUAUCGAUUCGAAAUUAUACCCUAUACACAGGGUAAUAUUACCUUCUGGAUUAACUUUAUCCGAAAUAUCUAAAGCUUUAGAGAAAAGUUGGAAAAGUCUAAUUCCAGAUUCAACAGCUUUUAGUCAAGAUUGUUUUAUUAAAAAUUGUGAAUUAUUAUAUCCAAGAAGAAAGAAACCAAAAUCAAAUUCUUCUGGUUCAAAUUCGGAUAACGAAGGUGAUGGUGAAGAAUAUUCUGAUUAUAAAGAAACGUAUCAACAGAAAUUAGCAGAAUGGCUACCUAAAUCUGGAAUUGCGAGUUGUGUUCGUCAAAAACAAAGUCCUGACGUUAUACCUCCCGGCAUAUUAACUCCUUAUAUUAUUGAUGAUGUUUUGGAAAAUUUCGAUGAAAAAAGAGAUGAAAUUGUUUUUGACAAAAGAAGGGAAGCAGAACUGGAUAAAGAAUCGUUUACGGCUGAUUUACCACAAUAUGAAAAUAUUUAUAAAGACACGUUACUAGAAAAAGGACAAAGUAAUAGGCAUAUUUAG